AUGAGCGACGACGGCCACUUGUACCUGUGCGGAGGCGUCGACUACGCUGGCGAUAGCCGUCACGCCUGGUUCGACGCCGCGCAUCAGUGCAUGUUGAUGAUCUCUGCCUCUUGUGUCUAUAUGCUGCCGCUAGGUACGUCGCUGGACCCCGUGGCCGGCACAACGUCGGCUGCCUGCGCGUCUACGAUCAUCACGAUGCUGUACGACUUUAACGAGCCAGCGACAAGUUGCAGCCGCCGAGGCGCCGUGCAGCAAACACAUUCCCGUACGCCCGUUAUGUAUCUGCAACUAUCGGCUGAUAGCCAGUUCCUUGCUGUCCAGCGCAGCGACAUCGAAGUGCAGGUCCUGCAUCGAGGUACUCGAACAUCCUAUUGGCUCCUGUGCAGCUCCCGGGCGGGCAACCGAAUCCUACAUAAAGGUGUAGUCUGGAGCGCUCGCUAUGCAAAGACUCCAGGCCUUCAGGACCUGUUUCUUGUGACUAGAUUUGGACUCGAACACCAUCGCGUGAGCUACAAGCGCCACAGCUGUGUCCUGCACAAGACCGUGGGGUUCUACACGCAUAACUUUUGGUACGCAUCUUCACAUGGAGUGCUGCUCUUGAGCACAGGAUCACGGGCAAAUGAGAUUGUACCAUUCGUGAUGGGCGGGGACAAAGUGGAGAAACUGCCCAAGCUAGUGUUUGCUACGACGGUGAACAAGCAAGAUCUACGCUUGGUUGCCUUGUAUGGCCGUAUGUACAUGGUGUACAGCGACGCCUGCUCGAUGAAGCUGCUCGUAUACCUGGUGGGAAGAACCAAGGUAUCGUGUGUGCGCUCUAUGAACCUCACGGUGCCGCCCGGGACGGCGCUCGAGUACUCGGUAGUGGACAAUGUUCUCGUUUGCCACAGCCUGGACUUCAACGUGAGCUUCUUCUUCGACAUAAAGUGCGAUACAGACGAUCCGCUCUCGGUGCCGUUGCCGAUAUCGUUGAGUCCGCCAUGUUCGUCUUCGAACAAGAGCAAAACGACUCCAGCACAAGCGUCCAAGAACACCCUCAACGAAUUGUAUACGAGUGCUUUUCGCGUUGCCAGUAAAAGGGAUGGCCAUGAACGAUGUGUUGAAUCGCCGUCAAGCUCUUUGACAUCGAUUCUUUAUGCUCGCUGCGCACGAAGCGAGACGGGCGUGGAUCUGGCCAACUUCGCUGACGAUAAACGUAAUCUCUCAUCAUCCCUGUCGUCGCCGUCUUCGUCGCAGUUGGCAAAGAAAACAUCAGCACGACAGCAUCAGUGUGCAACAGUUGUGGAGGAGAUGCUGGUCACAGACCACGAAGUCGCUGUCCCACGAUUUUCUCAAUGGCGCUUUUAUCCUCCUGAUCUAGUGCAACGAUCGCGUUUGACUAACGAGGUUAACCAAAUGGAAUUCCGGAAGCUGCAGCUAAAUUUGGCUGGAAUUUGCAGGACUUGCGAAUAUUGUCGUGAGAUUCUUCCUUUCUUGUUGCGUCGAGGUGACCGUGAUUUGGCAAAGCUGUUGGUAUUAAACGUAGUACGAAAGCACAUUGUGGAGCAGCAAGCACAUCUUUCUUCGAUCGUGCAGUUACUGAGUUCUGUUCAAACGGCGUGUGGAUGUGAGGGACGUCAUAAGAGCAAGGUAGGACGCAAAACUGCAAGCAAUGCAAGUGUUUUGCACCCGAAUGAUCGUGCACACUCGCGUAGCGACGAGUGCUUCUCGUCAAGGAUUGCAAAAGAGAGACCAGCUGCUCGCAAUGUCAGCGGCUCCCUGAUCUGUAUUCAACAGACAGAGUUUUACCGCCAUGUGUGGAAGAGCAUACUCGACGACACAAAUGUCGCUACAAAGAGCAACUUGAGUGUCUACAUUGUCGAGUACAUCAAGAGUUUGCGAAAGAGAGAGGUGCAAGUGAAGAACAUUACCUAUCUUGCGCUGGCAGAGUGCUUCAUCGCUACAGGAGAACCAGCCAAGCUCUACCAGUUCGUGCGCCAUCAUGUGAUAGCUGAUUUCGCAGAGCUUGCAGAAUUGAUGGUUCAGAAUGGCGAAGCGUUUCCCGAUCUGUUGCAAGCAGGGACGGAUAUGUACUUUCGGUUGAAUGACAGGGCUGCCUUCUUGCGCACGCUCCUGGACCAUGGGCAGGCGGAGCAAGCGAUCGCAAUUGCUUGGCAAAACAUUGGCUCCAAUUCGUGCAACGCAUCGGCUCUUCCAGGUGUUGCCUUCUUUGACUCGCUAGUUCGACCCGUCACUUCAUCCAAGCAGCCGCGUUCAUCAUUGCAGGUGACGCAGAUGCUGGGACACCUGCUGCUAUUCUUGAAAGUGUGGGAUCCUGCCGCGCUCGAAUGUCCAAGCAAGACUUCCCUGUCAAGGCUCGCUAGUUGCGCUACUGUUCCGUUCCCAGACGAAAUGAUUCUGCCGAGCUCGCGGCUUACGCUCAGGAAAGCGUUUGGAUUCGAAGGCUCGCGGAAGUGA